AUGGAAGCCAUUAAGGAGCAGCUGCAGCGACUAAAUGGUGAGAUUGAUGACGAGAAUGCGAAGCUGGGGGAAGUGGUCAAGCAGCUCCACAAGCACCCCGAGGACAAAAUCCUCAAUCUCGAGUACAGUCAGAUGGUCCAGGCCCUCGCAGAAUUGAGGGCCUGCCGGAAGAACCUUGAGGAUAAACUGCAAGCCAAGCCACGAGCUGGUUACAUGGCAACACCCACCCACCAGAACGCUGAGGUCAAGGACAUCGGCGGCGGCAUGUCCCUGCUGUCGUUCGACUCCAACACAUUCUUUCCAGAUGACCUCAAGCGAUGCCACCAUGCCCUCAUUGUCCGCGACGUUUUUCCCACCCUUUUCGAGUUGCUUCAGCAGCAGGAGGCAUGGCUCCUGACUGGCGUCCCUGGUACUGGCAAGUCUUGGUUUGUCUGGUACGCAGUGUACAGCCUGCUACAGCUGAAGGACCCCCCAUCAAUCGUCUGGCAGUCUCACAAAUUCAACAUGCGGCGAUGUGUCCUCUUCAAGGCUGGCAAGGCUUACAUUGGUGAUGUCGACAGCUUCAUGGAGGAACUUGAGCAGGAGUCAACCUGGUUCUUUACUGACGGCAUCAUGCCGCCGAACGUCGCGGCUCACACCAUAAUGAUCUGUUCUCCCAAUCGCUCCAUUUAUAAGGAGUGGGUUAAGGGGCGCGAUGACAUCACACUCACCAUGCCGCUGUGGACGUGGGCUGAGAUUGAGGCGUGCUGGCAGUGCCUGCAUAGCGGCAUCCAAAAGCUACCCCUGGAACGUGUGAGGCGCCGCUUCGAUAUGUACUGCGGUGGCGUGCCGCGGCUGGUGCUGGAGUUGCCAUCACGACCGGGUUACAAUCAGCCAGAUGAUGCAGUCGUCAAGAGCGCACUCGCCUCCACAAGCCUCGAACAGGUGGUUAGUGCUCUAGGCGCCUACGAUGCCGCCCCGGAGGCCAGCCACCACAUCGUGCACCAGGAUGGGGACCGCAGCACAUUCAGCCAGCUCGAGUACUGCUUUGCCACUCCCCAUGUCGGCAGCUUGUUUACCCAGCAGGUCAGAGCAAAGGGCCUUGGUGCGGAGCUGGCAUAUUACAUGUCGGAUGAAGGUGGCUUCAGCGGCCUAUUUUGGGAGCCCUACGCCCACCAGGCUUUUAUCAAGGGUGGCAAGUUUGAGUACAAGGUCCUGAGCGUUCCUAGCAGUGUCCCCCGCACGGGGAAGCAGGGCCGGCCCCGGAAGGCCGUCCGUGAGGAGAGGGAAAUGGCGGUUACCGCAGCUACUGGCGGGAAAUCGAUGGUGAUGACCCAGAAGCCGCUCGAGCAGGUGCAGUUUCUGGUGGCAGACAAACCGGAGGACAUUGAUGUUCACUUCAGGGAGGCAGUGGAAUCGCGCACGGCGCCUGCCUACCUGCAACCGUCGCAUGGCCGCCACCCAUGCAUUGAUGCCUGUGUCCUGCCAGACAGGCUGCUGCAGAUAACAGUCAGCAAGAAGCGCAAGGCCGUCGAUGAGGAAAUCCUAGAGCGGCACCUGCAGUGCCUGCCUCCCCGGGACGUGUACUACCUUGAUUACAUUGUGCCCGCAAGCAGCUUCCAGACCUUCAAGGUGGCCGAUCUGAAGCGGACUCCAGGAUCACGCGUGGCGAAGACGACUCAGCGAGUAGUGAAAAUAAACUGCAUGCAGCAGCGGGCUGCACCGCUGUACACACACGCUCUGUUGCUGAAGAGGUCCUGGUGCGCGGGCUACAGCUCCAUGCAGCUGCGUCGUGUUUUCUGA